CCUGUUACAUUCGUAUUUUAAAUAUUUAAAAAAUCAAAUAAAAGAUGUUAUAACUGUGUUUCUUUGUUUUGAUCACGACUUCAAUUAUGAAGAAGGAAAGAAGGCCGAAAGGAAGCUUCACUUGACAUGGAAGAAUAAACUAAUUACGAAUCUGACGAAAUCAAAUUACACUCGUCAAAAACGUUUUGUAAGCGACUUUAAUUUUGGAAAUUUUCAAGCCCCAGAGGUAUUUUUAAUGCAUCAUGGAGAUUGCUCAGAAUUUUAUGGGUCCUUUAGCAACGGACACAAUGACCCGAAUAAACGAAAAUGGCAAUGUCGUGGGGACGAUUAUCGUGAACUGUGAAGGGUUUCCGGAGACCACGACUCUGGACAGUUUGACAGCGGCCACCUAUUCCACUCAUAUGAGAAAUUUAUCGCAUCACGCGACGAAUGCUCUUAAAGAAAUUGACGUGACGGAUGAGUUAAUGGUUUUGCGUCUGGUCUCCAAGAAGACAGAAGCAGUGGUCGCACCAGAUCAUGAAUUUCAUUUAAUUGUGGUCAUGAGGAAGGCUUGAUAUUAUAAUAUUUUAAAGAAAUUUAAUUAUGUCGACCAUUUAAAUUUGUAAAAUCGUACAAUUCUCUGUUUGUAGUUCAACAGAUAUUGGUCCAGGGUUUUGAUUCUUCAAAAUUUUAUUAAAUGUGAAAAAACGUAUUGUGAAAUAGAAUUAUUAA